GGACAUCUUAUUUCAAGUUUUGGCGGGGAUUAGGAUGCUUGGUUUGCAAAAAAAAAAGAAAGCUAAACAAUUUAUGGGAUUGCCAUGCUUUUGAGUGGGAGAGGUGGUUAGGUGUUUGAAUACCAGAAUUUGAUAAAUCUCCUAACAAACGUGGGUAGCAUAAGGGUUGUGUGUGGGUCGAAGGGUUAACAAUCCUGUGCGACUGCCAGGCUAAAUUUUACAUUAUGUAAUGUGCAACAACCUAUGAAGUUUAGCUAACGUGGUAAUUCACCUGACGAGCGCUCAGCCAUGCUGGGCACAGUAGCUGAUAGACCGCUAUUCAAGAAGAGGGAGCCAGUCUAUAGGUUUAUACAGUCUCUAUAGAAAAUAGCAUUGAUUGGUUUUGUGCCAAAAUUAGGCUUUAGUUUUAAUGGUUUUGCCUAGAGGUGUCCCGAUCCGAUCUCAAGGAUCGGAAAUCGGUCCAAUGUCAGCAAAAAAAAAAAAAGUAUCUGAUCGGACUGGAUCUAAAAGCUCCUAUUUUACCACUUAUCCAAGCAGUCAAAUUCAUGUUUGACUCCAGCAGUUCUAUCCAGCAGCGCCUGGAUGGCAUGCAGUUCUCACGUGAUCACAACAACCGGUUGCUAAGGUGCUAACAUAGUAGCAAGGAGAAAGAGUGAACAUUGCUUUCUUAGUUGUUUUCUGACACUCCUGUUGAAGUUCAGCAUAACACUUAACACACAAGACAAUACACCCAUUGAAUGUUAAAAUACAUCAGACUUAGUGUCUUUGUUUUUAUUCACAAAAAUCACUAUCUCAAAGCUAACACAAGGAAUGAAAAACACCAUUGACGAGCUAACAAAAAUUAGCAUAGAGCUUGCUGCACUUAUAUCUCUCAAAAUAAUGAAUAUUUGUACACACGCACUGUAUAAACAUACAAACAGACAAUAUAACAAUACUCUGGAAUAUAUUCUUCAAACUAUAACAGUAUUCAAUUUUCUUUAUUAUUGCGAGUGUGUAUCUCAUCGCAUGUUUCACGCUGCCCCUCAGAGGCAAAGACGUGCACAGCAGGAACAGCGAUUGUCAAUUAAACUAAACCCCAGUUACAUCAAGAAGUUCAAAAGUGUAUUGCCGUAGAUCUGGGGAAAGGAAAUGCUCUUCCCACCAUAAAGUGCCAGUAAAAAAAAAAUUAAAAAAAUUCAUUGACCUUUUAAUGUUGUUUUAGACUUUAAAACAGUUUAUUUAUUGAGAUUUUUUUUUGUUUUCUAAUUUAUUUUUUAUUUAAUCUAUUCAAAUGUAGAAUAGGCAUAUGUUUAAGUUAAGCAGUGGUCAUGUUCAAAAUGUAAUAUAUAUUUUUGUUAGUGGUUUUAUUGAAGUUAUAUUUCAGGAUUUCCUAAAAUAAAUGUUUUAAUUUAAUUGUAGUAUAUUCUUAAUUUUAAAGUCACUAUGUAACCCAUUGUUUAAUAAUAGAUGUCAGUUUUUCCUUAUACUUACUGUUGCUGAUAAUUAUUCUCUGAGUAAUAUCACUUCAAGCAUUUUAAUUAAAAAUAAAGUAUGUAUGAUUAUUUCUGAUAUUGGAUCAGUCCAAUAUCUGUAUCAGACAAAACUCAAGGCUGCAAUUUCGGUAUCGAAUGUGAAGUGAAAAAUUUGGAUCGGGGCAUCCCUAGUUUUACCAUGACCGAUAGCGUUCUAGGUCAUACUAAACGUAUGACACUUCACUGUAAGUAGCCACUAGGGGUGGGUAUUUAACACAUUUUCCAUGAUCAACUAACGGGAAAUUAACAAACAUUUUCAAUUUUUACAUAAAUUUUUGGUGGCUGAAAAUGCUUGGGUAUCAAUGGAAAUUUUUUUCAACACAGUUAUAACAUUUCCUCAUAUAAUGUCUGUGGGGGUGUUUAUUUGGUCAAAUGCAAAUUUACAUAGGUCAAGUCAAACAUAAUGUAAAAGUAAAUAAAUUGCAAUAAUUCGAGGCAGAAUGGGCUUCUGCGUAGCUCCCUGGACCAUAAACAUAAAUGCACAUAGCAUUGUGGAGCGACCACAUGUUUUGUAAGAUAAUCAACACUGCGCACAGAACUUAUUUACUACAUGCGGUUGUUAAUUUCAGGCUGUUUAUAUGCCUUUGUAAGUGCUGUUGUGUUUGUAAGCAACAUAGUUCAAAUGGGCUCAAUAGUUAACUAUUAUUUUUUUUCGCAAGGGCAUACAGGGUGUAUAUUGGUCUGAAGUGGCUCUCUCACCAGGCGACUGCAGUGAGUCCAGUGAUUUUGACUCAAUUGCUUCUAGAUGAAUCGGCCAUCAGUUCCACACAAUCAAUAGAAUAUUUAAAUUAAUUGACUUGCAAUCAAUAUGCCCAUCCCUAGUAGCGACAUACAAGGAUAAACUAAGUGCUUUUCAACCACAAUUACAUGUUUGACAAAGUGAGUUUCACAGUUUUAUAUAACGUUAGCAUUAAUAAUACUGUUAGGGUGAGGCUUAUUAGGAGCCUGCAUGUAGAAGAGAGAGCAAAAUGGAGCUCUAUGUACAAACGUUGUUGUUUUAAAAAUAUAUUUUUAUUUUACAAAGCUCUGUAAAAUAGAAAUAUGUUCUCAAGCAAAUUGUGUGCAGCCAUACCACAGGCCCAUACUAACUGUCCUUAAUUUCUCUCCUACAGCAGUACUGCUUUGCCAGUCCUGUACUGCACUCUGUUAAGGGCGCAGCAACUCAUCCUGUGUAGGUUAUGGGGACACAGAGAGAACUGUGCACUUGUCAGUUUUGGUUAGGGUCCACUUGCUCCUAGCUGUUGAUCACAGCUGAAGCUAGUCUUGAUUCCCAAAAAGACAAUUAUUUUUUUAUUUUUUUAUUAUUUUUUUUUUUUUUUUAAACAGCCUGCUUGAACUAUUUGUCUUGAUGAUAAUAUUUCACUUGCUACCCUUUUUUUUUCUUUCAAAAAGGAAGUCAAGAUGAAAAUUUAGCUGUAUAGAUAAUUAAGUCAAGUAAACGUGGCCCUGACAGUUAUAUCUGAAGGUUGGACCUAAUUUUUAAUACAAAUUUAAGACGAGCUUCAAAAUCAAGUCUUUAUUUUUUUAUCCACUUUUUUUUGUCCCCAAGAAGAUACUUUUUCUUUUUUAUUUCUCAAUUUUUUUGAGUGUCACAAAUCAAUGCAAAACAGGUGGUAUACUGUUGUGUGUGAGUUCAAACCCUUUUCCAAAGUGUUACUAAUGGUAAAUAGAAAUUUUCUAGGCUGCUUUUCUGCCGGUUGAAGUCUGACUGCAGAAGGACCCAUGGCACUGAAAGUGAGGCAAAACUCCAGACCCCAAGCUGCAGGUCAGGUCGUAUAUGGACGUCAUGAGAGAGCAGAACCUGUCCAAGGAAGAGAGAGAGAUUCGUCUGCAGCUCGCAGAAAAGGCCAAGUCAGGCGACCUGAAAGCUGUCAAUGGCUCCGCUGCCAGCCAAGCUGCCGCCGCCGCCGCCGCUGCUGCUGCUGCUGCAAAACGCAAGCGCCGCUGGGACCAGACAGCUGACCAAACUCCUACCAAUUCUACUCCCAAAAAGAUGUCCAGCUGGGACCAGGCUGAUGCCUCGGUUGAGACCCCAGGACACACGCCGGCGCACACACCUUCAAACAGCCGAUGGGAUGAGACCCCCGGCCGGCCCAAAGGCAGUGAGACCCCGGGGGCCACACCUAGCUCACGCAUGUGGGACCCCACACCCAGCCACACGCCGGCUGGCGCGGCCACGCCAGGCAGGGACACACCAGGUCACGCCACACCCGGCCACGGCGGAGCCACGGGAAGCGUCCGUAAGAACCGCUGGGAUGAAACGCCAAAGACUGAAAGGGAGACCCCGGGACACGGCAGCGGCUGGGCCGAAACCCCACGUACAGACAGGGGGGAUGAGUCUGUAGGGGAGACCCCCACUCCAGGAGCCAGCAAGAGGAAAUCUCGCUGGGAUGAAACACCCGCGAGCCAGAUGGGCUCCUCAACACCACUUCUGACCCCUGGGAAGACACCAAUUGGAACCCCCGCUAUGAACAUGGCCACCCCAACACCCAGUCACCUGAUGAGCAUGACUCCAGAGCAGCUGCAGGCCUGGAGGUGGGAACGGGAAAUUGACGAGAGGAACCGGCCUCUCACAGAUGACGAGCUUGACGCCAUGUUUCCGGAAGGAUACAAGGUGUUGCCUCCACCAGCUGGCUACGUGCCUAUCCGAACACCAGCCCGUAAGCUCUCAGCAACGCCUACUCCCAUUGGCGGCAUGACUGGCUUCCACAUGCAAGUGGAGGACCGUACCACCAAACAGAUGAAUGACCAACCCUCUGGAAACCUCCCGUUCCUCAAACCUGAUGACAUCCAGUAUUUUGACAAACUGCUGGUUGAGGUAGAUGAGUCCACGUUGAGCCCAGAAGAACAGAAAGAACGAAAGAUAAUGAAGCUGCUGUUGAAGAUUAAAAAUGGAACUCCACCUAUGAGGAAGGCGGCCCUGCGUCAGAUCACAGACAAAGCUCGUGAGUUCGGAGCAGGACCCUUGUUCAACCAGAUCCUACCACUGCUCAUGUCCCCCACCCUGGAGGACCAAGAGCGCCACCUGCUGGUGAAAGUCAUCGACCGUAUUCUCUACAAACUGGAUGACCUUGUUCGACCCUACGUACACAAGAUACUUGUGGUGAUCGAGCCCCUGCUAAUUGAUGAGGACUACUACGCCAGAGUAGAAGGCAGAGAGAUCAUUUCCAACUUAGCAAAGGCGGCUGGCUUGGCAACCAUGAUCUCCACCAUGCGUCCCGACAUCGACAACAUGGACGAGUAUGUGAGAAACACCACCGCCAGGGCAUUUGCCGUGGUUGCAUCCGCCCUUGGCAUCCCCUCCCUGCUGCCCUUCCUCAAAGCCGUGUGUAAAAGCAAGAAGUCAUGGCAGGCCCGCCACACGGGUAUCAAGAUUGUACAGCAGAUUGCCAUCCUCAUGGGCUGCGCCAUCCUGCCUCACCUGCGCAGCUUGGUUGAGAUCAUUGAGCACGGUCUGGUUGAUGAGCAGCAGAAGGUGAGGACCAUCAGCGCCCUGGCCAUUGCCGCUCUGGCUGAAGCUGCUACACCCUAUGGUAUCGAAUCCUUUGACUCAGUGCUCAAGCCUCUCUGGAAGGGUAUCAGACAGCACAGAGGAAAAGGUUUGGCUGCCUUCCUCAAAGCUAUUGGCUACCUGAUCCCUCUGAUGGAUGCUGAGUACGCCAACUACUACACCCGAGAGGUGAUGCUAAUCCUCAUCCGAGAGUUCCAGUCCCCUGAUGAAGAGAUGAAAAAAAUCGUUCUCAAGGUGGUUAAGCAGUGCUGUGGCACCGAUGGUGUGGAGGCCAACUAUAUCAAGACUGAGAUCCUGCCCCCCUUCUUCAAGCACUUUUGGCAGCACAGGAUGGCUUUGGACCGACGUAACUAUAGACAGUUAGUGGACACCACAGUAGAGCUGGCCAACAAGGUGGGAGCCGCAGAAAUCAUCUCUCGCAUCGUUGAUGACCUGAAAGACGAGGCAGAGCAGUAUCGUAAAAUGGUGAUGGAGACCAUCGAGAAAAUUAUGGGCAACCUGGGCGCUGCCGAUAUCGACCACAAACUGGAGGAGCAGUUGAUUGACGGCAUCCUGUACGCCUUCCAGGAGCAGACCACAGAGGAUUCUGUGAUGCUGAACGGCUUCGGCACGGUGGUGAACGCCCUCGGCAAGCGCGUUAAGCCCUACUUGCCUCAGAUCUGCGGUACGGUGUUGUGGCGUCUCAACAACAAGUCGGCCAAAGUGCGUCAGCAGGCCGCUGACCUCAUCUCCCGUACCGCCGUGGUCAUGAAGACAUGCCAGGAGGAGAAGCUGAUGGGUCACUUGGGUGUGGUGCUGUACGAAUACCUAGGAGAAGAAUACCCUGAAGUGCUGGGCAGCAUCCUGGGAGCACUGAAGGCCAUUGUAAAUGUUAUUGGUAUGCACAAGAUGACUCCCCCCAUCAAAGAUUUGCUCCCUCGUUUGACUCCCAUUUUAAAGAACAGACACGAGAAAGUGCAGGAGAAUUGCAUCGAUCUGGUGGGCAGGAUAGCGGACAGGGGUGCUGAGUACGUGUCAGCCAGAGAGUGGAUGAGGAUUUGUUUUGAGUUGCUGGAACUUCUCAAGGCUCACAAAAAGGCCAUCCGCAGAGCCACUGUCAACACAUUUGGCUACAUUGCCAAGGCAAUUGGCCCACAUGACGUCUUGGCUACCUUGCUCAACAACUUGAAGGUGCAGGAGCGUCAGAACCGCGUCUGCACCACGGUGGCCAUCGCCAUCGUGGCCGAGACGUGUUCACCCUUUACUGUCCUGCCCGCACUCAUGAACGAGUACCGCGUGCCUGAGCUCAACGUGCAGAAUGGUGUGCUCAAGUCACUGUCCUUCCUUUUUGAGUACAUUGGCGAGAUGGGCAAAGACUACAUCUAUGCAGUCACGCCCCUCCUGGAGGACGCGCUGAUGGACAGAGAUCUAGUCCACAGGCAAACUGCCAGUGCCGUGGUCCAGCACAUGUCCCUGGGUGUUUACGGUUUUGGCUGUGAGGACUCCCUCAACCACUUGCUCAACUACGUGUGGCCCAACGUGUUUGAGACGUCGCCUCACGUCAUCCAGGCUGUCAUGGGCGCACUGGAGGGCCUGAGGGUGGCCAUCGGUCCCUGCCGCAUGCUGCAGUACUGCUUACAGGGUCUGUUCCACCCGGCACGGAAGGUGCGCGACGUCUACUGGAAGAUUUACAAUUCCAUCUACAUUGGCUCACAGGAUGCCCUCAUCGCCCACUAUCCUCAAGUGUACAAUGACGAGAAGAACAUGUACACCCGCUACGAGCUGGACUACGUCUUGUAAAUACUCCCUCGUUUCCCACCUUUUUUGUUGUUUGUUUUGGUUGUCCAAAGUCAGCCGCUGUUUUCCUUGAGGCUCCCACUCGCAGUGGAAACUGAGCAUUAAACUAGGUGAAAUCCAGCAAAGAACAAUUAGUCUCUACGUGUUCCAAUAAACCCCUCCCCUUAUUUUUCUCCAUUAAUGUUGAAAAGAGUUGAUUGAUCCUUGGAGUUGUUUUAAAUAUUUGGAUAUUUCGUAUGUAUCAAUAGACAUUCGGCUUGGCUGUUCCCUCUCCUCACCUUUUUCCAUUUCAGAUCUCUGUUCUUAUGAUUAGAUUGUUUUUAUUUAACCAAAUAAAAGGUUUGCGUACA